CACAAGAUUUUCAUAUUUUUAGCUUUUAAAUUCAACUUUCUUUGAAUCGAUUGAGAAAAACUGUUGAAAAAUGAAACUUUCAGACGAACCUCUGACCUUUCUGUUGUUCCUUGGAGCAACUCUGAUCUUCAGCUCAUCCACUGGUGUCUCUGGCACAGGUGUCUCACUAGAAGAUUUGCAACAACAAGCCCGCACCAUGUUGAGGGUAUUCAAAAAUGAUCUGAACGAUGUGAGCAAAAAUGCGCGAGAAGUCAACAAAAAACUGAAGAAAAUGACUAAGGCAAUUGGAGGAGCUGCAGACGAAAUUGACAUGGGGAAUAGCAAACAGUCGGGCGGAGAUAUGAUACGCGAAAUCAGCAAAUUGCUAGAGACAUCCAGCGACGUCGACACGGCGUUCGCCUACUCGACUUUGAAAGCAAUGAACGAAACAGCAAUUACCUCAGAAACCGACUACAUUGCAGAGGUGAACGAGCUCAAAGACAAAUUUCCAGACGACGCUGAUUUGCAAUCACUUGCGGAAAAGGCGAUUGAGUACUCUGAGCAAUACAAAACAGUGGUAGACUCGCUGAUCACAAACGCUGACCGUUUGUUCGGACAAAUGAAGGACGAACAAAUGAAGACUGCUGAUGUUUUAAUGAGGGUGCAAGGAAAAUAGGACCUAUUUGGGAGAAUAACUGAUCAUUAUGUAAAGUAAUGCACAUGAAAUCCGGUUCACAUGAUAAAGUUUCAACUUUGAUUUCAAAUUUAAGGUU